ACGCUCCCCUACGUAAUAAUCCCGCGAUAUUACCGAGGGUGAAAACGAGAUCUGCCUUUUCCGACAAGAGCCUAGCAAGAUGGCGGAUGUUGAACAGAAGAAGAAGCGCACCUUUAGGAAAUUUACCUACAGAGGUGUCGACUUGGACCAGCUGUUGGACAUGUCCUAUGAGCAGCUAAUGCAGCUGUACUGUGCCCGUCAGCGGCGGAGGCUGAACCGCGGCCUGCGGCGCAAGCAGCAAUCCCUGCUGAAGAGGCUGCGUAAGGCCAAGAAGGAGGCCCCUCCCAUGGAGAAGCCCGAGGUUGUGAAGACUCACCUGAGAGACAUGGUCAUCCUGCCCGAGAUGGUGGGCUCCAUGGUCGGCGUGUACAACGGCAAGACUUUCAACCAGGUGGAAAUUAAGCCGGAGAUGAUUGGCCACUACCUUGGGGAGUUUUCCAUCACGUAUAAGCCCGUGAAGCACGGCCGGCCUGGCAUUGGAGCCACUCACUCCUCUCGCUUCAUUCCUCUCAAGUAAUUGUCACAAUUUACGGCUGUAAAUAAAGUGGACAUCCAA